AUGAUAAAGACGUUUCCAUUGAACUCUAGGGCCAAGACCACAGCAUUGAAGCAACCGAAAGAGUUAUUUUCUUUUGCUAGAGAUAUUGAUGGUGAAUAUAUCUUCGAUUCCACGAAGGUCCAAGAUGAGAAUUUAUCGUACUAUUAUUUACCUGAUGCAUCCGUUGAUAAGCAAAUUGAUUUAGGAGCUGGGUACAGUAACUUUAAAAAGAUCCCAGAAGAGGAAAAUCUUGGAGAUUUUCCGGCAUUAUUGAAAGGAGUGAUGAAUUAUGAGCAAAGCACUGGCACCAAGAUAAACAGUGACAUAAUUACAUUCAGAGGUUUGAUGACCAAGAUAUUAACGUUGCCAUAUAACCUAAAGGACCCUUUGGACUUGCAUGUAAUUGUAUAUGAUGGACAGCUUUUUAUUAAAAAUAAUGAUGAGAUAGAAUUAAAAAGAAGACAGCAGAAUAACCAGCAUGAAGAUCCAUCUAAACAAGAAAUGAUGAAAAAAUUUGAGUAUUCUGGAUACAAAUUCGAGGCAGUAAGUACGUUACCGAAACCAUGGGGUGAUUGUUCACGCCAGCUAAUCGAGAAAAGAAAUAAGAAAGUUGUUAAUAACUACGAACAAUACAUAUCGGUAGUUAAGACGGGGAUUGGAAAGGUUAAAUUAUUACUAGCAGGUGAAGUUGAUUGUUUGUGGGAUUAUAUACCUGAGGAUGGCAAGGAUAUCUUACCUCAUUACGUGGAAUUGAAAACAAGUAAGGUGAUAGAGGCACCAGGACAAGUCGUGAAUUUUGAGAAGAAAUUAUUCAGGACAUGGGCACAAAGUUUCCUAAUUGGAAUUAGGAAGAUAGUUUACGGUUUCAGAGAUGAUAAUUUAAUUUUACGAAACGUGGAAGUAUAUAACACUGAGGAAAUACCAAUUAUGUUAAAAGAUACCAUUAAUGUAAACACAAAGAUAGUGUGCAUGAACGCAUUAAAAUGGUAUGGAGCUGUAAUUGAAUGGAUAAACAAUGAAAUACCUAAAGAUGCCGAUAAGCUGUGGUCGUUGACAUAUGAUCCAGGUUCGAAAAGUUUUUCUAUAGUAGAGUUGAUGCAAGAUAGCGAAUUGCGAAAUAGUGUUAUCACUGAAGACUUCAAGGAAUGGAGAAUCUCUCUUCAUAAGACUGAAUCGUGA